CUCCGUAACUAGUUGAUACUGCAACCUUUAUUUUCGGGCCCAACAACGGCUAAAUGCAAUAGAGGCGUGUUAACGGCGGACUCUAAGGGCGCAUCUAAGUACCUAGGUAGUUUGGUUAAAGGGGGUAUCGAAAUCGUGGGUGCUGUCGAAAUGCUCGAGCGUCAUGCAUAGCAAAUCAUUUUCCACCUAACAAACACGCAACUACCUGGUAGGUAGGUACCUUGGUAGUUACGAAACACUGCGGAAGUCAGACUCAGCGAUUUUACACGCCAUGGCUCCGCGCCGUCAUCACCGCUUCCCGCGCGGCGAGACCUGCUCCGAAUGCCCCGCCAGACGGUGGUAUCUCGAAAAUGGACGGCGAUACUGCGAGAAUGGCCAUCAGGUCGAGGGCUACGUCCAAUUCGACAUCGACGAGGACGACAACUUUGGCAAGUCGGGCCGCGUCGCCCGCAAGAAGAAGGACGCCCGCCGCGCCGACCGCAAGCACCUCACGGGCAACCCGGCCCGCGAGCUCUUCCUCGAGUGCCUGCAGCUGCUGCUGCGCAAGCAGGUCCUCUGGCUUGUCCGCCGCAAGGGCUUCCACCCGGACCUCGAGGCCGUCGUGCGCGACCUCUGGCACCUGAGGGUGCGGGCGUUUCCUGGGAUCCAGCGGGAUCGGGAUGCGAGGGGUGGGGAUGGGGCUGCUUCUACUACUGCUGCUGGGAAGGGGGAGAGUGGGGAGUCGGGGUUGGUGAUGUUUAGUUCGCAGGAGGAGGAGAUGAAGGGAGGGGGGGAUGGGCGGGGCGAUGGGGAGGGCGGUGAGGGGUUGGGGUGGACCAGGAAGAGGGAGAACUGGGCCGGUGAGGUUUGGGCGCUUCCUGGGGCGAUGGAUACGCUCGCCUUGGUGUAUCUGGGGUGUGUGUUGCGCCAGGAACCGGUGAGGAUCGGGGAUGUGUUUCGGUGGGCGAAGAACGGGCAGAUACCGUUUCUAAGUGCCGUCGACUACGUGCCAAAAGAGUGGCGGGAUAGGUUGCCGGGAUGGGCCCAUCACUCACUUCUAACGAGAUAUGCCAAGUUCCAUGGCGGCGAGCUGCACCGGGCCAUCAUGAAUUUGAUGAUGGGAUACAAGGAGAACCACGGGCUGGAGUUUCCCGCGGUACCAGCGCCGCCUUUGCUAUUUCUCUACAUCAGGGAUUUGGCCCUCCCUCCUGAGGUUCAUCCUUUUGCGCAAAAGGCUUACCGUCUCCUUGACAUGAGUCUCGCCUUUCCAACGAGACGCCCCACGCCCAAACGAUAUAGACUGCUCGACAUGCCAGAGGUUUUAUUAGUGGCGUCUCUUGUCGUGGCGACAAAACACCAGUACCCCCUCGAUGGCAUCGAGCGGUUUCCUCGCGACUCCAGUGACCCACUCUGUCUCCAAAUGGACUGGACUAUCUGGGAGUCCGAGUUCGCGAAGAAGCCGGAGAAGAAACCUGGGAUAUUGCAGUACGAGCAUAUGGAUCCACAAGAGGUCUGGUCGAUGGACAAGGGCGAUAUGGAUGAGCUGUUGAACUGGUUUCAAGAGACACAAAUAUUUGAAAAGCCUCCGGCUGACGAAACGGAAGUCGACCGUCUCUUCCCGCUCCAAGACAUCCCACCACUGCCUGCCAUUCCCGAGUUGUCCCAGGAGGAAAUCGAGGAAAGAGUUAAGAGAGUUCUUAGCUCCAUGAAGAGCGUUAGCCCGAUAUCAGAUCCCCAAGGUAUGGACUCGAGCACCAAACGAUUAGGCUCUGGUUACACUUGUUACAAGGAUGUCGACGAGCUUAAGGGGACAACCAAACGAUUCUACGAGGUGAUGGCCGAAGUUGCUGGGUUGCCAGUACGAGACCUGCUUCGGGCAGUUUACAGUCUUGAGCAGAUGCUCUUGACCUGGCAGAAGGAGGAGAAGCGCCGCCUCAAGGAGAAUGAUGUGCAGAUCUUCGUGAAGACCCUCACGGGUAAGACCAUCACCCUCGAGGUCGAGUCCUCGGACACCAUCGACAAUGUCAAGUCGAAGAUCCAAGACAAGGAGGGCAUCCCCCCCGACCAGCAGCGCCUGAUCUUCGCCGGCAAGCAGCUCGAGGAUGGCCGCACUCUCUCUGACUACAACAUUCAGAAGGAGUCGACUCUCCACCUCGUCCUCCGCCUCCGCGGUGGUAUCAUUGAGCCCUCGCUCAAGGCUCUUGCCUCCAAGUUCAACUGCGACAAGAUGAUCUGCCGCAAGUGCUACGCCCGUCUCCCGCCUCGUGCGACCAACUGCCGCAAGCGCAAGUGCGGCCACACCAACCAGCUCCGCCCCAAGAAGAAGCUCAAAUAGACGGUUACUCUUUUCGGUCACGGUCGUCUGGCGUCUUUGGUUUUCUCGGCAUUGCAUGGUUCUGCAAGGGUUGGCAGGGGGUACACGGCACAUUCUGGCUGUACAUUCCGGAUGACCAUAGCUCAAGACUCCUGACCAUCUAAAUUCAUCUGCAUGACUGUU